AUGGAGAAAAGGGGAGUCGACGACGUACCGGCCAUCGGCAUUGACCUCGGAACAACCUACUCAUGUGUCGCCGUUUGGAAGCAUGAUCGCAUCGAAAUCAUUCCCAAUAAUCAAGGCAAUAGAACGACACCGUCUUGUGUUGCUUUCGUUGAUGAAGCACGUUUCAUUGGCGAUGGCGCCAAGAACCAAGCGGCUAUGAACCCUGCUAACACCAUAUUUGAUGCCAAGAGGUUGAUUGGACGGAGGUUCAGUGAUUCCAAAGUGCAGGAUGACAUGAAAUUGUGGCCUUUUAAGGUCGUAGAAGGUCCAGCCGACACACCAAAGAUAGUUAUCUCCUACAAAGGAAAAACGAAGGAAUUUUUGGCUGAAGAAAUUUCAUCCAUGAUUCUUGGGAAGAUGAAAGAAACUGCUGAGUCAUACCUUGGAAAAGUUGUAAGAGAUGCUGUGAUAACGGUUCCGGCUUACUUUAAUGAUUCACAACGUCAAGCAACAAAGGAUGCUGGAGCCAUUGCUGGACUCAACAUCAUUAGCAUGAUCAAUGAGCCUACAGCAGCUGCAAUUGCUUAUGGUCUAGAGCUCUUCAAAACUAAAGAGAGAAAGAAGAAUGUUCUUGUGUUUGAUCUUGGUGGUGGGACUUUUGAUGUCUCUAUAUUGACCAUACUGGAAGGGGGUACGUUUGAGGUGAAAGCCGUUGCUGGUGACACACAUUUGGGAGGCGAGGAUUUUGAUAACCGCAUGGUGGAUCACUGUGUUCGGGAAUUCAAAAGGAAAUGGGAAAAAGACUUGACAGGGAACAAAAAAGCAUUAGGGAGACUUAGAUGUGCUUGUGAGAAAGCAAAAAGGAUUCUCUCAUGUGAUACACAGACUUCAAUCGAGCUAGAUUGCUUACAUGAGGGGAUUGAUUUCUCUAUGAAAUUCAGUCGAGCUAAAUUUGAAGAGCUCAACAUGGAUUAUUUUGAUCAGUGCAUGAAGACUCUAGAGACAUGUUUAAGUGAUGCAAAGAUGGAGAUUUCAUGGGUAAGCGAUGUGAUUCUUGUUGGUGGUUCAACUAGAAUACCAAAGAUCCAAUCUAUGUUGCAGAAACUUUUCUACUGGAAGGAGUUAUACAAGAGCCUAAACCCCGAUGAGGCUGUUGCAUAUGGCGCAGCAGUUUUGGGUGCAAAGUUAAGUAGUAACAGUGAUAAAAGGUGUAGAGAUUUAGUGUUAUUAGAUGUCACUCCUUUGUCCCUUGGUGUAGAAACACAAGGGGAAAGAUUUGAUGUGGUGAUCCCACGGAACACUCAGAUACCUAUGAAGAAAUCAAAAAUUUAUGUUACAUGCGCUGACAACCAAACUUUCGAGGAUAUGAAAGUGUAUCAAGGUGAAAGAGCUAGAUCUAAAGAUAACCAUUUAUUGGGGAUGUUGAAAGUUUCCGGAAUACCACCGGCUCCAAAAGGAGUUGCAAAACUCCAUGUGUGCCUUGAAAUAGAUGCAAAUGGUAUCAUCACAGUCACAGUGGAGAUAUUAUCAACCGGUAAGAUGAGUAAACUCAGGAUUACCAACGAAAAUGGAAGACUCUCCAAGGAAGAGAUUGAGAAGAUGAUUAAAGAUGCUGAGAAGUACAAACACAAGGAUGAAGAAUACAAUAAGAAAGUUAGUGCAUUCAAUGCUUUAGAGGAUUGCAUAUACAACAUGAAGACGAAGAUCAAAAAUAUGGCGUAUGGUGUGAGGUUGAAUGAAAUGGAGCACGUGAUUGCUGACACGACCAAGUGGAUCGAGAACCACCAAGAUGCAUCUGUUGAUAAGGUUCAGGCAAUGAAGGAAUAUCUAGAGUCUAUAUGCAUGUGA